AUGAAGAUCUCCGCCAGCGCCAUCCUUGCCCUCGUCACUAUUCUCCCCAUGACCAACGCCUGGAUCUUUACCACCAAUAACGGCCAGUGGGAUGGCACCAAGAGCAAGGGCUGUACCAAAGCCGCCGCCAAGAAGGGCACGAACUUUGACUGGACUUCUCGUGGCUGUACCAUCCGCAUCUACAGCGACAGCAAAUGCAGCAACCAGAUCGGCAUUGCUGAUAGAGAUUGGAAGAAGCAUGAGCUGAGUCGCGACAUGGGAGCAUUCAAAGUCAGCUGCUGA